CCCCAACUUCCGGCUUCCGGUAAAAUUAAACGCCCAUUUCCUCUCUGCUAAAAAUAAAAUUUAAUUCGCGCUAUUUCUGUAAAUAAAUGUUUUCUGUCAUCAUACUAUGAUUAUAGCAUUAUAUUUAAUACUCGUGACGUAAGUUGGCGUACUUUUACUCCACGCGCUACGUUACUAGGCUGUUUCUGCUGAGCAAAGAUGGCGGAAGACGAGAAGAGUGGCGAGCCCGUGAAAGAGAAGAGCGAGCUGCAAAUUAUGAAGGAGCUCGUGGAUGAACUGUAUAACUUCAGAGAUUGCUAUUUUGAGACUCACAGCGUGGAGGAAGCUGGGAGGAAACAAAGCGAUGUCGCGCAGGAGAUCCAAAAGACCCUAAAGAAGGUGGAGGAGAAAGAAGAUCAUUUUAAACACAAAGCAGAGUUUCUGCUGCAGAAGGGUAGGUGUCUGAAUGUAGCUCCAGACUUCAGCACUGUAGCGGAGGAGUGCCUUUCCCGAGCUGUGAAGCUGGAGCCUGGCCUGGUCGAAGGUUGGAACACAUUGGGGGAGCAGUACUGGAAAAAAGGAGACCUGAUGGGUGCCAAGAACUGCUUCACCGGAGCCUUGCAGCAGAGCAAAAACAAGGUGUCUCUACGCAACCUGUCCAUGGUGCUGAGGCAGUCUCCGGCGGCAGACAGCGAUGCACAUGGCAAGCAGGUGCUGAAGAGUGUGGACAUGGCCCGACAAGCCGUCCAGCUGGAUGUCACAGACGGGACGUCCUGGUACAUCCUGGGAAACGCCUACGUGUCCCUGUUCUUCACCUGCGGACAGAACCCCCAGUUGUCUCAACAAGCUCUAAGCGCCUAUGCGCAAUCUGAGAAAGUAGACAGAGCGGCCUCGUCUUACCCGGAGCUGCAUUUCAACCGCGCCACGCUGUUCCAGUACGAGGAGAUGUUCGGGUCUGCACUCGGCGGCUACAGCCGCGCCACGGCGCUCGACCCGGGCUGGGAGGAGCCUCCAGAGAGAGAGAAGCAGCUGCUUGUGUACCUGGUGAAAGUCACAGAACUCAUACAGAACAAGGGGAAGGUGAAGGCGCGUCGGUUGAGGACGAUGCUCUCUAACCUCAGCACGUCGGCCAUGGGUCCCUGCUCCUCCCCUCAGUUUCGAUCCCCGACCGGCCGCGUUGGCAGCCUGGAGCCUCGGACUCUUUCCUCCCUCACGCACGGUCACAACGUCGGGAUGGCCGCCCUGGGCAAGGUGGUGUUCAGCCUGGCCUCAGAGGGUCGCAUGGCCUUUACAUUUGGCAUGGUGGACAGCGAGGAGUCAUGUAUAGUGGUGAUGGUGUACAACACAGCGGACAGCUGGGGCGUCCUGAUAGGAGACACUGUCGUCAUUCCUGAACCUCAGGUCAAACGGAACAGCAUAACGCAUAAAGAUGAGUCGUUUGACUUCAGAAGUAUACGAGUGGACUCUCCUCUGCUUCUCAUCGUCAACUGCAAGAAACAAAAUGCCCAAAGUCAGAUCGCCGCCUCCGUCAGCUAUAAGCCCCAGAGCGAAUGAGCCGAGCGAGCAGAAAGUACAGCAAGAGGACCAAUUUGUUUUUCUUGGAUUUUGAAAGAAUUUGGAUGAUUAUGGAUGUUCAAAGUGUCUGCCUGUUUUUAUGUGUUGCUUUGUAUAUAGGUCACCAUGUUACUUUGUCUUUAGAUGGACAUUUUGUUUAUAUUUAUAAAUAGUUAUUUUUUGUAAAUUAAUGUACCUGUGAUGAUAAUUUGAUGUCAGAAUUGUGAUUUAAGUUUACCUUGAACAAAAAUCCUUUUUAUCCUGAA